CAGCGCUGUGGCGGUAGCGGGCGGCGCGGGAUGGGACGCCUUCCCGGCGUGCAUUGCGCGGGGAGGUGGGGCGGACCCGGGGCGGCGGUGGCGGCGGCUCUCCCAAGGUGACUGGAGCUGGGUCGGGCCGGCCCCGCGGCGCCGCUAAAACAUUAGUGUCAUCAUGAUUCUGCAUCAGAUUCUGCGACUUUCUUCCCUCUUUCGCUCUGCUGUUUCCAUUCACUUGCGCAGAAACAUUGGGCUUUCUGCUAUUGUCUUUAAUAAGGCAAAAGAGCUUGAUCCAGUUCAGAAGCUCUUCUUGGACAAGAUCAGAGAAUACAACACAAAGAGCAAGCAAGCUGGAGGGCCUGUUGAUGUAGGCCCUGAGUUUCAGAAAGACAUGAAUGAAUCCCUUGCUAGACUUCAACGUGCGUAUGGUGAGGGAGAUCUAACCAAGUUUCCAGAAUUUAAAUUUCAGGAGCCCAACUUUGAGGAGACUCCAAAAUGAUCUCUGCAGGCUGUACACCAAACAGCAGUGAACAUCAAUGGAGUUGCUGAACAUGGCAUCAGUUGUAAAUUAAUAAAUGCAGUAUUUCAGAA